AUGUCAAUGGACGCGUCUCUGCCCUCGCCGCCUUUUCUCGAGCCGACCCACGUCGCGCUCGCGCUGCUGCGGCUCGCGAUCCGCCGCUUCGAGGCCGCGCUGACGCCGCGCGUCAAGCAGUGGGCGUUCGAGACGUGGGGCGACGAGCCGCAAGGCGUCGCGGCCGAGGAGCGGGAGCGGCUCAAGGCAAAGCACGACUACGUGCCUCGCUGGGCGCACCUGUGCCGCGAGUGCCUGAGCGAGAAUUUUGCGCGCGACUUCAACAAGGACUACCUCGACGAGUGGGACGCCUACCGCCUCGGCGAGGUCAUCCAGCUCCACCUCGACGCCUUCAAGCCGCCGCCCGCGAGGGAGAGCGACGCGGCGAGCGAGAUCUACCGGAACCGCGUGCACCACGUCGGCUUCCUGCGCAACAGCCUGGCCCACCCGUCGCUCGGCCAGCCCUCCGUCUCCGAGUGCCUCGCCGGCAGCAAGGCCGUCCUCGAGGUGCUGCGAGCGCACGGAGAGGGCGUCGGCGAGGCGGCGCUGGCCCUGCCGCUGCUGCAGCGCAUUGCAGAGGCGGAGGCGGAGCGGCGCGCCGCGCCGGGCAGCCCGUCGAGCGUGAUGGGCGAGGGCACGCCGCUCGUCGUCGACCUGACCGUCGACCUCAGCGACGAGCAGCUGCGCCACUCGGUGCUCGAGAGCGCCCUACAACACACAGCGGCGGCGCUGGGCGGCGCCAUCUGCGAGCGGUGGGAGGGGGCGCCGCCGCCGUGGCUGAAGCUGCCGAUGGACCUAGCGGGGAAGCCGCCGGGUGGCGGGAAGUCCAUCUGCGCCGCGCUGAUGAGCCACGGCAAGGAGCUCAAGAAGAAGUGGCCGGCGGCGGCUGCGAAGAAGGCGUCUCUCGAGCCUCUGAUGGGAAAAGCGGGGGCGCUGCUGGCGGCGAGGCACGACCGCGAGCACGGCAAGCUCGACAGCUUCGACUGGGCGCGGGUCGGCGGGCUAGUAGGCGAUCUGGCCGAUGCCUUUGACUCGCUGCAGCUGCCGGCGGGGCGGCUUCUAGAGCUGGCGGCGGCGAGGGGAGGAGAGGCGGCGGCGGAGCUGGACCAGGCUUUCCAGCAGCUACAGCUGUCGGGCGCGCACGGCUACCUCGUCGGCCGCGACAGCUUGGUGGAGGAGGUGGCGGCGCGGCUGCGAGACUCUGCGCAUUGCGUCGCGGCGCUGCACGGCGAGUCUGGCGCCGGCAAGACGGUCGCGGCGAUCGCGGUCGGGUUCGCGACGCAAGCUGAGCUGCCGUGGCAGGAGUUCAUGCAGGGCAGCUCGCCGCUGACGUUCCGGCAGGAGCUGGCCCGCUUCGCUCGCACGCACGCGACCGGCUUGGCGGCGGACGCAGAUGAGGUAGAGGCGGUGGAGGCGGCGCGACGGCACUUUGCGGCGAGCAGCGGCUGGCUGCUGAUAGUGGAUGAUAUCGGGGCGGGCGAGGCGGCGCUGGCGGGCGUGCUUGCGCUGCUGCCGCGAGGGAGCGACGGGCGGGUGGCGGGGCGGGUGCUUCUGACGAGCCAGCGGCGGGAGGCGUUGCCGGAGGAGGUGGCGGCGUGGGAGGUGGGCGGGCUGAGCACGGACGAGUCGAUGCAGCUGCUGGCGGCGGGGCGGCCGCCGAUAGGAGAUGCGAUCCUGAGCGACGAGGAGGUUGGAUUGCGGCGCUACUUGGAGGAGGAGCUGAGCAGCGGCCAGGGCGGCGCAGCUAGCACGCAACUCCCUCUCGACGUGGCGCUCCUCAAGAGCGCGUUCGUCGGCUUGCAGGACAAGAAGGGGCCGGACGGCGCAGUGACUGAGACGGCGCUGGAGCGGGCGCGGGGCAUCAUGCGGCGGUGGCGGGCGGAGCCGAUGCCGAGUCUGGAGGGGGCGCACGACGUGCAGAAGCGGUGCGUGCGGCGGCGGCACGGCGCUGUGCGGGAGCUGAUCCGGCGGCUCGACGAGUGCGGCUUGGAGGGGGAGAUGGUUGCUGCGGCGCGGUCGCUGCUGGCGAUGCUGUCGGUGCUGAAUGCAGACGGCGUGCCGUCGCGGCUAUUUGCGUCGCGGGAGGGGCUGGGCGAGGGCUCUGGCAUGGGCGGUGGCUCGCUGUUUGGCGACAGCGGGCUCUUCGCAUCCGCCGCCACGGCUCUGGAGGCGGUGGGGCUGGUUCGCAUCGAGGGCGGCGACGCUUUGCACAUGCACCAGCUCGUCCAGCGGUCGGCGAGGCACGUGCUGACGCGCGCGCCAACAGCGGAGGAGCUGCUGCCGGAGCGGUCGCUGGCGGAGUGGGGGGCGCUGCGGGCUGUGCUGGGUGCUCGCUUUGUGCCGCGUGCCGGCGAGCACAGCCACCGCGAGGACGUCGACGCGCUGCAGCCAUGCGUUGAGGCGCUGCACGGUGCGGGCGUGCUGUCGCCGCUUUGGCAGGCGGCGCUGGCAGGCGGCCUUGGCGGGUGGCAUAACGGCAGGGGUGGGAUGGCUCAUUGGGAGGUGGGGGAGGCGCUGUUACGCGAGGCGCUGGAGGCGAGCCGAGAGACGCUCGGCGACAACCACCCGGACACGCUCACCUCGAUCAACAACCUCGGCAUGCUGCUGGAGGCCAAGGGCGACCUGGACGGCGCGGAGGCGCUGCUUCGCGAGGCGCUGGAGGCGAGGCGAGAGACUCUCGGCGACAGGCAUCCGAGGACGCUCACCUCGAUCUACAACCUCGGCUCGCUGCUACAGGACAAGGGCGACUUGGAGGGCGCGGAGGCGCUAAAACGCGAGGCGCUGGAGGGGCAGCGAGAGACGCUCGGCGACCGGCACCCGAACACGCUCACUUCAAUCAGCAACCUCGGCUCGCUGCUGAACGCCAAGGGCGACCUGGACGGCGCGGAGGCGCUGCUUCGCGAGGCACUGGAGGCGAUGCGGGAGACGCUCGGCGACCGGCACCCGAACACGCUCACCUCGAUCAACAACCUCGGCCAGCUGCUGAACGCCAAGGGCGACUUGGAAGGCGCGGAGGCGCUGCUUCGCGAGGCGCUGGAGGCGAUGCGGGAGACGCUCGGCGACCGGCACCCGAACACGCUCGGCUCGAUCAACGACCUCGGCUCGCUGCUGCACAGGAAGGGCGACUUGGACGGCGCGGAGGUGCUGUGUCGCGAGGCACUGGAGGCGAGCCGAGUGGCACUCGGCGACAACCACCCGGACACGCUGUUCUCGAUCAACAACCUCGGCUCGCUGCUGCACAGGAAGGGCGACUUGGAAGGCGCGGAGGCGCUGCUUCGCGAGGCGCUGGAGGCGCAGCGAGAGACGCUCGGCGACCGGCACCCGAACACGCUCACCUCGAUCAACGACCUCGGCUCGCUGCUGAACGCCAAGAGCGACGUGGACGGCGCGGAGACGCUGCUUCGCGAGGCGCUGGAGGCGAGGCGAGAGACGCUCGGCGUCCUGCACCAGAACACGCUCACUUCAAUCAGCAACCUCGGCUCGCUGCUGAACGCCAAGGGCGACUUGGGCGGCGCGGAGGCGCUGCUUCGCGAGGCGCUGGAGGCGAUGCGGGAGACGCUCGGCGACAGGCAUCCGGACACGCUCACCUCGAUCAGCAGCCUCGGCUCGCUGCUGGAGGCCAAGGGCGACCUGGGCGGCGCGGAGGCGCUGUUACGCGAGGCGCUGGAGGGGCAGCGAGAGACGCUCGGCGACAGGCACCCGAGCACGCUCGGCUCGAUCAACAACCUCGGCGAGCUGCUGAAGGCCAAGGGCGACCUGGACGGCGCGGCGUUGCUGCUUCGCGAGGCGCUGGAGGCGAGCCGAGAGACGCUCGGCGACAGGCAUCCGAGGACGCUCACCUCGAUCAGCAACCUCGGCUCGCUGCUGGAGGCCAAGGGCGACCUGGGCGGCGCGGAGGCGCUGUUACGCGAGGCGCUGGAGGGGCAGCGAGAGACGCUCGGCGUCCGGCACCCGGACACGCUCGCCUCGAUCAACAACCUCGGCCAGCUGCUGCACGCCAAGGGCGACCUGGACGGCGCGGCGUUGCUGCUUCGCGAGGCGCUGGAGGCGAGCCGAGAGACGCUCGGCGACAGGCAUCCGAGGACGCUCACCUCGAUCUACAACCUCGGCUCGCUGCUACAGGACAAGGGCGACUUGGAGGGCGCGGAGGCGCUAAAACGCGAGGCGCUGGAGGCGCAGCGAGAGACGCUCGGCGACCGGCACCCGAGCACGCUCAAGUCGAUCAACAACCUCGGCACGCAGCUGCUGAAGGCCAAGGCCGACUUGGACGGCGCGGAGGCGCUGUUCCGCGAGGCGCUGGAGGCGCAGCGAGAGACGCUCGGCGACAGGCAUCCGAGCACGCUCACCUCGAUCAGCAACCUCGGCUUGCUGCUGUACGCCAAGGGCGACUUGGAAGGCGCGGAGGCGCUGCUUCGCGAGGCGCUCGAGGGGCUUCGAGCCGUGUUGGGCGACAACCACUCGAACACACGCUCAGCGCUGCAAAGUGUGAUGGCGUGCAAGAGAGCGCUCGCCGCCAGUCGGCCGAAGCAGGGUCAAAAUGAGCGAUGCGCUUGCGGCUCGGGUCUCAAGUUCAAAAAGUGCCACGGCAAGCCGUAGUUUUCUUAUACGCACAACAUAAAAGUCUC